AUGAAAAAUUAAACCAAUUAAUCAGAGAUUUGUUAAUAUUGUAAUUUAAGUGAUUGUGAAUGUUCAGACUAAGAUGAUUGGGAUAGUUGUGAUUCACCUAAACCUAAAACACUAUAUUCUUUCAAAGAAAUCAAUUUACAAAACAAAUCAUUAUUAGCUGAAAUCAGAAUCAUUUGCAAAAAUUUAAUUUAUGUUAUUGGAUUAGCACCUAAUAUUGCUAAAGAAGAUGUAAUUUCAUAUUUUUAUUACAGCAAUUAAAAAAACUUGAAUAUUUUGGUCAAUAUGGAUAAAUCUAAAAAUUAAUUGUGAUACAAAGUAACACUUUCAAUCCUCCAUCUCAUGCUGCUUAUAUUACUUAUCGAAAUGAAUAAGAAGCAUCUUUAGCAAUCUUAGUAAAUAUAAUUAUUAUUUAUUUGUUUUGGCAUGUGAAAAAUUUCCAUUACACGACAGAUAAGUUAAAGCUUCCUUUGGAACUACCAAAUAUUGUACAAACUUCUUAAAGGGUCAAUAAUGUAAAAUUAAAGAUUGUGUCUACUUACAUUAACACCCAAAAGACAAAGACAAUACAUAGGUAUUAAAAAAAGUAUGUAAUUUUAAUCAUAUUUAGGAAGAAAUGAAUAAUUCUAAGUGGUUAUUUUCUUAUUCAUAAAAAUUAGCUUAAACUAACUUCAAAAAGUUUUACACAAAAAUCAAUUACAAAAAUGCUCUCCAAAAAUCAAUAUUUCCAACCACAUAAAAUAUUUUAGAUAAUAUGAUAAAAGAAAGAAUUGUUGAUCCAAUCUAAUAACAAUAAUAAAUUAAUUUUUAAUGGGAAGAAAUUAAAGAAACUUAAUAACAAUAAGAACUAUUAUAACCUAUAUAGUAAAAAUCAAUUGAUAUUGAAAAAAGAGUGGAAGCUGUUAUUCUAAAAAGUAUUUAUCUUUUCUAUUUUUAGUGGAUGGAGAUGGUAAUAGUAACUCGAGAUUCAAAUUUACAAAUAGUAAAAAUGUCCCAUAAGAUUAUGAGGCAAUAUAAUAAAUAAAAUAAUAUCUACAAAAAUGA